AUGGUCCAUCCAAUGGGUCAUUGGGAGAUUGCUGAUAUACUACAAAAGGUCCUGUGGUCUUUGCCUACAUUUUAUGAAAAGAACAUAGCCUUUAUGAGAAAGAAUGACACAGGACACACCUAUGAAAGGCCUUUCAUAAAACUUGUGGACUUAUACACACAGCUCUACAGGCAAGUGCCUUAGUUUUAUGAUAAAGAUGGUAGCCACUUGUG